ACACGACCCACCAACCCCACCCCCCGUCAAGCAUCGACUGUCUUGAGCAAUGAAAGUGUUUUAGAUUCCCCCCGUACCAAACAAUCUAUAGUCCGAAGUUCGACUUUAGAAUCAUUGUUGGAAAUGCAACAUGAAGUAUUGAGUUCAGAUGUUACGUCAUCAAAGACAUCUUGUGAUAAUCAUGACAAUUUAUCCAACGUUAUCAUGGGUGGAAAACCUGGUGCUCUACCAAACUCUCAGAUUGCAGCAGGAAUGACGAGAAAACUAGACAUUGAAAUGUUUGCUGUAGCUGUUGGUGUAUCUGGAGAAAGUGGAGUUGGAUCUGUUGGUCAUCACAUUGAAAUAAUUGGCGAAAAUGAAAUUUUUUAUCUUCCUGUAUCGGCCACUAUUUUAACCGCUUAUGAGUAUGACAAUCGUUCAAAUUCGUUUCCCCAAGGUUAUCUCAGUAAAGGAACUCGUAUGAUUGACAAUCGACCACCAUCAAGAGACGCUAUUCGUCCUCGAAGAAAUCAUAUGUAUUCUGAUGUUUCCAAACAAUUUUAAACUUCAUAGAUUGUUUUAUGUAUUCUGCGUAUAGUUUUUUACCAUUGAGUAAUUUUUAUUACAUAAAUUAUAAAUUUUAUAUCUUCUUGUGACCCGAAACUUA